AAAAAUAAAAGGCUGCUUUAACAGGCACGGUUCAGAAAAUUUAAUUUGUACUCCGGAAUUUCUACUUCGAAUACCCUUUUAUACUACCCAUAAGAAAGUUAUCCCUGUGCCUUGCUUUCUUGUGUGCAGAUGAGAAGCCUGCUUCAGACUUGCUGCUGUCUAUGUAUGACAGCGAAUGCACACAUCCAUCAGCUGCAGAAAUGGAUGUUCGGGGCAGACAGGACCCUUCUCCAGACGACAGUUGCGUGAGCAGGCUGACUCAAGAAGCGGCAGCCAUUCAAUCACCACUGGACAACACACAAACAGAGGAGGCCACAGAAGACAGCGAUGCGGACCAGCAAGCCCAAGGGCACAUCCACAUGCGCAAAAGACGGCGACGUGUACAGUCUGCCCCAACAGGAAUCAGAGGCCUCCAGGCUAUGGGGCUGGAACUUCUGAGAAGAAGAGAGGAGCAUGGACUUCCUUCUCCGCCAGAAAGAAAUUGAACUCCAGCAGAGAAGGCUGGAGUACGAAGAAAGGUGCCUGGCCCUACAGGAACGCAAGCAGGCGUCGGAGGAGGGGCGGCAGAAACUCGAUGCUGAGCGUCACGAGGAGCACAUAAAAAUGCUUCACAGCAUUAAGACUACGCUCGAGGCGCAGGAAAAAAAAAUCUCAAGCCUGUUUAAAUAAAGUGGUCGCACUGUGGGGAAGGAGGUGACUCAGUUCUGUGGCCUCAAAUAAUCUUCCAGCUGUGGGGGUUCAACUCCAAAAUACUGCGAUACCUGUGACCCAUACAUACAGGUGUGACAAUUUGCAAGUAUAGUACCAACUUUGUACACCCGUGAAACAUUUUGUCGGUUCAGCUUCUGAUUUUUUCGAAAAUCCAAGAAUGCAAACAGACCUGCUAUCUUUCCGAAACCCCAUUCAACUGCUUGCCUUACUGUGCUCAUUUUCUUGUUAAAAGCACACUGUGACACGGUUAUGUGAGUCCCGCCAUAAGGUUUCAGCAGCAGAGGUCGCAAGGGAUAAGCGGGAUCACCGUACAGGCAAAAACUGUGCCCUUUGACAAGCUUUUAGAGCUUUUGAUAGGUCUUGCUUCUGCGGAGGAUACCUGGAAAUAUAGGAACACAUAAAAACAUUUUA